GUUCAGUCCGGAAAUCGAUCCGAAUCAGACCUGGAAACAAGCUAACUCGUGGUCUGAGUUGGAAAUUUCCAUGCCAGAACUGUAGUUCAGUUCGCAUUUCUCGGGCAGGCGGAUUAAGCAUGAUCACGAGCUGGUCUCAAUGGAUGCCAAACAAUGUCCCGGAUCUCGUACUUUCCUGUCGCUUACCAAGCUUUUAGUUCGGUAUGCCGCUGAUAUGACGCAUCUGCCGGCAUUUCAUCCUGCGCACUUUUCGCCGCCGCAAAAUUGGUCCUGGGCAUUCGUUCUUUCCACGGCGUUUCUCGGGCUCGUCGCAACAUGUGAAACCCUCCGACCGUCAAGGCCGGAUGAAAAUUGAAUCCAAUGAAAGGAUUUACCAACUGCUGGCUAUUUCCGCCGGCUCAGUUUUCUCGACCACAUGUGUCCUCCUGAUUGGUUGCCCACAUCUGAACCAAUUCGAAGACCCGAGAUGGGCCAGUUCCUUUGUGCAUGCGCCAUCGUUUGUCAUCGUCCGGACGAGUCACGCCACCGAUUUCACCUAUAUCAGCCACGGCUCAAGCGUCAUCAACGCCAUCCUCAUCGAUGGGACCUUCCAGGCUCGCGCGAUCACCCGCAACCCGACCUCGAGCGCAGCGCAGGCCCUCGUCAAGCGCGGCGUAUAUGUCGUUCAGGGUGAUACGUGUGCCGACUUCCAGACGUUGCUCGAUGCCUUGCAGGGGAGCAAAGUUGUGUUUCUAGUCACGGUCCUUGUUGCUUUUGGUGCCACAGUCGACGAGAAGACGCAAGGAAUCAACGUUGUCGAGGCUGCGAAGAAGGCGGGUGUCGAGUUUCUAGUAUUCAGCUCUCUUCCGAGUGUCGUCGAGGUUUCACAAGGCAAAUACAAGGGAGUUGUGCACUACGAUCACAAGGCUCAAGUCGAACAGUACCUCAAAACCGCCGGACUUGCGCACGCAUCAGUGCUCGCUGGCUCAUUUCUGGAAAAUCUCUGGACCUUCGGUGCGCUGAAGAAAGCGGAACCAUGCUACGAGCUCUCCGUUCCUUAUCCGCCCGGUGCAAAGGAGAUAUUCACCUGGGGAGGCCGCGAUGUGGGCGUUGUCGCGCUUGCUAUGGCCAAAGCCUAUGCCAGUGGAAACAAUAGUAUUGUUGGCAAGUCGUACCCGAUUGUCAAUGCCUGGACCACCUACACACAGUUUGUCAAGUUGAUCGAACAGAAGCUCGGAGUCCCCGUGAAAUUUGUACAGACACCUCCUAGUGGGGUCCAGUCUAUCGACGAGAUGUAUGCUGCGCAUGAAGAAUAUGAGGGCUUGUUGGGCGGGACGCCGAUUCCGAACCCAGAUCUGGUUGCGCUGGGCGUUCAGCUUGGAACAUUGGAGGAAUUCCUGGAGGGGGAAGUGAAGACCCGUUUUGCAGCCUGAAUUAAAGCGAUUUGAUACGAAUUCGCGUAUCAUCAGUGUUAUCUCUUUGUUCCAUGAUGGAUCGA